AAAAAGAUAAGGAAACACAAAAUUUGUUAUGUAUGAUUUAUCUUGGCUGGGGGUUAAAAUUCAUUUCCAGAGUAGAGUUCAGAGAAAGGAUGGGCUGCUAGUUGCUGGUUAAAGGACAAAGAAUAAGUUCCAGAACACGGAAGAGUGAGCAGGUGAAAUUCAACACUGGGAUCGGGAGUGUUUGAUUUGCUAAAGGAAAAUGCAAAGACGGCUCCUCCCUUCCAAGGAAACGAAACCAACAGCAGCCGAGGCUCGGCCAGCGGAAGAGAUAUAAGCUAAUAGGUCUGGGAGGCAGUUCUGUUGCCACAGGCUCUCCUGUCAAUGAUGGAGCUCAGAAAUACCCCAGCCAGAGAUCUGGACAAGUUCAUCGAAGAGAAUCUCUUGCCAGACACACAUUUCCGCAAGGAAAUCAACCAAGCCAUUGACAUCAUCUGUGGAUUCCUGAAGGAAAGGUGCUUCCGAGAUAGCUCCUACCCGGUGCACGUGUCCAAGGUGGUAAAGGGUGGCUCCUCGGGCAAAGGCACCACCCUCAGAGGCAGAUCUGACGCUGACCUGGUUGUCUUCCUCAGUCCUCUCACGACUUUUCAGGAUCAGUUAAAGCACCGGGGAGACUUCAUCCGGGAAAUUAGGAGACAGCUGGAAGCCUGUCAAAGAGAGGAAGUAUUUUCUGUGAAGUUUGAGGUCCAGACUUCUCACUGGGACAGCCCCCGUGCGCUGAGCUUCGUGCUGAGUUCACCCCGUCUCAGGAAGGGAGUGGAGUUUGACGUGCUGCCUGCCUUUGAUGCCCUGGGUCAGCUGACUGGCAUCGAUAAACCUAACCCUGAAAUCUAUGUCAAGCUCAUCAAGGAGUGCAUCUUACUGCAGAAAGAGGGCGAGUUCUCCACCUGCUUCACAGAACUACAGAGAGACUUCCUGAAGCAGCGCCCCACCAAGCUCAAGAGCCUCAUCCGCCUAGUCAAGCACUGGUACCAAAAUUGUAAGGAAAAGCUUGGGAAGCCACUGCCACCUCAGUAUGCCCUGGAGCUCCUGACGGUCUAUGCUUGGGAGAAAGGGAGCUUGAAUACAGACUUCAACACAGCCCAGGGAUUUCGGACGGUCUUGGAAUUAGUCAUAAACUACAAGCAACUCUGCAUCUACUGGACAGUGUAUUAUGACUUUAAAAACCCCAGUAUUAGACAGUACCUGAGCAGGCAGCUCAGCAAACCCAGGCCUGUGAUUCUGGACCCGGCUGACCCUACAGGAAACUUAGGUGGAGACCCAAAGGGUUGGUGGAAGCUGGCACGAGAGGCUGAGGACUGGCUGGAUUACCCAUGCUUUAAGAAUUGGAAUGGGUCCCCAGUGAGCUCCUGGACUCUGUCGACUGAAAGCAUCAGUGAGGACGAUGAGACCUGCGAUCCCAGGAUGUAUCAGAAAUAUGGUUACAUCAGAACAUAUGAGCCCUCUUAUUUUUCUCAAUACUCCAGCACAUUCCAGAAAGCAUCUACUCCACAGGAAGAAGAGAACUGGACGUGCACCAUCCUCUGAAUGCCAGGACAUCUUAGGGGAAAGGGUUCCAGUGUUAUCCGGACCAGCCCCUUCAUUUCCAGGUGGGACCCUUGAUCCAGAGAGGACAAAGGUCCUCAGUGAGCUGGUACACGAUCUGACAGAAUCCAGGUCUCCUGACCCCUGGCCUUCUAUGCCCUCUCUCCUAUCAUGGAUAACAUUCCCCACAGCCUUGCCUCACUCCAUCUAUUCUCUGAAAAUAUUCCCUGAGAGAGAACAGAGAGAUUUAGGUUAGAGAAUGAAAUUCUAGCCCUGACUUUCUUCUGUGCACCUGGUGGGAGGGUUAUAUCUAAUGUAUUAUCAAUGACAAUAAAAAUAAAGCAAAUACCAUUUAU